GGUUUUCACACGAAUAAUACUACGGCGGUUCGAUGAGAGUGUAAAAUGGGCUGUCAUCAUUCGAAGAUGGUGGACGAAACUGCGAGUGUUUCAGCCGGUUCUGUGCAGACGGUGCUACGGCCGCGUUACCAUCGACGAAAACAUCAAAUCAGGUGGGCGAAAGAGGCGUCUGCGUGCAGUGGGAGUAGACGUGUUGACCCUCGUGUGUCUGCAAAGUAUGCCGUCAAGGCUGUCAUAGCCAAAGGGCGCUUCAGUAGAGUGCUGCGAGUGGAGAACAGGCUAUCAAAGCAGCCGUACGCAAUUAAAGUAAUCGAAACGAGAGACGGCUCGCACGUCGAGACCGAACUGGCUGUAUUAAGACGCGUUCGGCACCCAAAUGUGGUUCGGCUCGAAGCCUGGGAGCACGUGUCGGAGGAGGCGAAAUGCGUAAUUCGCCAGCUGCUGCAGCGGAACCCAGUGCAGAGAUUGAGUGCUGCCGAGCUGCUGGAUCAUCCCUGGGUGGCUGUGACGAUGGCAGCGGAUGCUGCGCGCCGGCCGGCACAGGUCCGGUUUCAGCGUAAAGUAGGAGAAGAGUGAGGUUAUUUACUACCAGGGGCCUCACUUUGAGCGCGUGUUGGCCUACUCCUUUUUUUUUUUUUUGACAACUUGCUGUGCGAGAGGGCGCACGGAAGCAGCGCUUCGAUUUGAGCACCUUUGCUCGUACAAAUGGACUUUGGACAACCGCACAUUUGACGAACCCUUUCACGGGCGCGACUGCAGGAAGAUGCAUGUUUUUUGUUUUUGUUUUUGAUUUAUAUGUUUACUGUUUUUUUUUUUAGUCAUACCAGUCGACAACGACCGGUGUCGGGUGUGUGUGCGUAUACAUAUGUGAGCUUGCCGUCGCGUUUACUCCAUCUGCGGAGCGUUAU